AUGGCCUCAGUUGGCGAGAUCGACAGGGUUGCUGCGGCCACCGAUCCCGGCACUGUUCCUGAGGUUCCGGCGCCCUCGACUGCUUCUGCUCGCCAACCGCUUGGUCUCCUCUCCGAAAUAAGCCCCAACACAGACCGGAGGGCCACGCCACGGCAUUCGUCGGCCGCGAAGAAGCUCCGCCUGACCCCCCAGGAUGCAUCCAGGUCGAGAAUGAAGAAGGUCCUUGACCACAACGUAAGCGUCUUCGUCAACUCUCUCCAAGACGCUUGUGCUGCCUGGACUGAGAGACUAAACAAGAACUUUGAACCAGUCGCCGUCGAGGACGCCACAGUCGACGCCCUCCUAGCCAACAAGGACUUAACAGCUUUCAUGGAGGACUUGGCCAGCAGCAGCAGGAAGCACAAGGAGAGGGGAAACGAGGCCAUCCGGGACAACAUUCGCGCGUUGUGGAAAAGACUCUCAUCGAGUGAAACGGUUGCGAGCUCCGAGGGAUGGCAGUUUCGGAGGGUGCUGCUGGGCGCGCUUUGUGGCCCUAACACCACCUACAAGGAGGUUCACGAGUUUGUCGGAGGCAGCCUGAGCCAUCGUGCGUUCAACGAGGCCCAGAUACGGCGAGAUGCCACGGACACCACGAGCAUCCUUCACGACCUGAUAUCGGACAGGAAGUUGCGAUCGGAUCGGCUGGAGGUCAGCUGCCCCAAGGCUUUGGCCUGGAUUGUCGAGAGAAUCAUUUUCCACACUCAGCCCUCUCCUUGCCUGGUGAAGACGGAGCACGAUUACGACACUGGAAACCACAGGCGCUCAGAAGCGGACAACUCGUUGGUCUGCGUCUAUCCUGCGCGGUGCAAGACCGAGUCUGUGCGCUAUUUGAUGGGGACGAAGCUGCAGCUCUAUCAGACAGUCAUGAAGGACUUAGACCAAGCGUUCGCUGCGGAAAAGGUCGAGGUACCCAGCAUCAGUCGGCCAUCGUUUGACAAGAUCAUCCCCUUCUACGUGGUGGAGCAGUCCCUGAGGUCCUGCAUCUGUGUACACUGCUACAAGGCGAAGCUCGUCACGAAAGGGCUGUGUGACCUGUGGCCGACCCUUCAUCAAGGCUCAACCCCGGGAUCAAAGUGUGACUGCGAGUGUGAACUGUGUAAGGAUGGUGGAUGCGCGGAAUACCUUCCGUAUGGCUCCAGCAAAGCCGUCCACAGCAUGGCUGACUUUAGCGACAUGCUCAUGUGCCCCAAGGAGCAACUGUACUGUUCCGAAGACGGAACGCUGGAGGAUGCCCACAAGGCGGUUUGCGUUUCUGGACACUGCUUGCUUUGCAAGCAGAAGCAAGAGCGUUUCUUCGACUGUCCGAAAAACAAAGGGAACGCCGACCGGCAACUGAACCCAGCGGCGGGGCCAGCCCAAGUCGGGGCGCCGCCGCCGGGGGAAGUACGGUGGAAGAACUUCACUACUGUAGACGACAAUGGGCAGGCAACUUCGGCACCGCUGCAAAGGAGGCGAGCUCCCAAUUCAACGGCGGGUGGCGAAGAUGACGAGGACUUCGACCCGCUGGGCGGUUCGAAACGCAGGACCCGAAGGGCGGUUGCCGAGAAGACAGGGACGGUCGAUGAGUUCAUGGCGGAGCUAAAGGACCACCGCGCGUCUUUCGGCAAACACCGGCGGAGUUACAAAACACAGCGGGCAGCAUUUACGGAGAAGAAGCUCACGAUCGAAGAAGGAGAAGUUCUGUGCAUCGUAGACUUCCAGGAACGACUACAGGUCGGAGAGCAAGACGAAGUUCAGUCACAGCACUGGGACCGUGAGGCUACCACGAUCUUUCCGUGCCCGAUUUUCUUCAAGGUUGAUGGACGUGUCUGGGCAUACUCCUUCCAGAUCCUCAGCGACGACAUGGCUCAAGAUAACGCCUGGGUGCAGUUCGUCAUGUCGAAGUUACUGAACGAAGAUAUCCCUGCCUUACUGCGGAAGAUUGGAGCGAAACCCAUGACCCGCUGUACCAUCUGGACCGAUAACUGCGCCAAGCAGUUCAAGUGCAGGUUCCACUUCGGCUGGGUAGCCGACGCCCAGAUAAUGGGGCUCGACAAGGAUGGCGAGCCCACCGGAAUCAGGGUGCACAUGGAACAUCACUACUUUGGAGCAUGCCACGGCAAAAACGUAUCGGACGCGGAGGGAGGAAUGACGAAGGAGUACGUGCGGCGGAUGAUACUCAACAUGAUGUGGCGAGUGGCCAGCUCGAGAGACUUGUGCGAGAAACUGGAGAAGGCGCUAAACUUCUUUCUUCGGUUCGCCAAUGGCGAGGAGACCGAGGCAUUCUGGAAAGACCGCAACGGGAGGGAAGGAGGAACGGAGCAGCUGCUCGUCACAAAGACGUGGAUCGGCGAGGAUUCAGACCAAACGCAGGAGACGACCUUCCUAUUGACCAAGAACCCCAACACGAUGAUGGGGCGACGCUACAUCUUCAUCGGUGCCUCGGAUGUGUCAUCUGACGUACGGAAAGCCGCCCGCUCGUCAGCAAAGGAAAUCGAGGUUUCCGGAUGUCAGACUAUCAGCAUGACUGCGGCCACCGAUACGCCUGGCGUUCUCUUGACCAACCAGUUUUCUUGCUACUGUGCGGUGUGCCGUGACAGUAAGCCGGAAAACUGCCCGCUCAUUCGAAAGGGCAUCAUGUCGGGCCCACAAGAGUUUUCCCGCCGAGCAAACCGAAACACGGACAUUGUCAGCGCGAAGGAGGACGACCUGGAAGAACUGUCUGGAUGGAUGCCCAGCCAGCUGCCAUUCGGAUCCAUUGCUUUGCUACGUGUCGACACUUCGGAGCACGAUGGCCAAGAUAUCGUGCCAGUUGUCGUAGCUCGCAAGGCUGCAUGUCCUUGGACGCCGAGAGUAGCAGUAGACGGCAUGUUCGAUCAUGGGGACACUAUCGUGUGGGUUGUAGACCUGCCUCAGGCGAUUGUGCGAGGUAAAGAAGUGGAAUAUUUGGUUCCGAGGAGUAUUUCAGGGGUCAAGUUUCGGGCGGUUCCUCUCGCGUGCAUUGCUGGAUUAGGCCAAGGGGUCCUUGGGUAUAUGGAGCACCCGCAGUGUUCCCAGAGUUCCUUGUCCAGUGAAACGUUUGUGUUGCGGGAAGGCGUCGUUGAGAAUGCGCGGUCUACAGUUGUCCUUCUUUCAAGGAACCCUCUUGCGGCGUUUGAGUCCUUCCAGCCCGUGCCGCUGUCGGUCGAAGACGAAACCCGGGCCCCCGUUGAGCCCAGAAUGUUUGUAAAUGGUACAGUUAUUGAGCAGUUGUUCAAGGGCCCGCGAAAUAGUAACGGUAGACCGAUUUGGAAGCACGGAAAGAAGCUUCGUGCAAUCGUCAUUGCAUGCCAAACAGAUAUAAAGUCACGUCGCCAUCAGUACAAACUGCAGUGGUCGGGAGAACUCAUGAUCCUGGUUUUGGCUGAGGUGGAGGAAUUUGUGGAUGAAGGGCACGUCGAACAGUAUCGUACCGGGGACGUCGAGGCAAGAAGACCUGAAGAACAAGCGAAAAGGCCCAUCAGCCCCACCCAGCACACACAAAGGAAGGGCUGA